GUCAAUUUAGAGUCACCAGUUAACCUAACCUGCAUGUCUUUGGACUGUGGGGGAAACCGGAGCACCCGGAGGAAACCCACGGGGAGAACAUGCAAACUCCACACAGAAAGGCCCUCGUCGGCCACGGGGCUCGAACCCGGACCUUCUUGCUGUGAGGCGACAGCGCUAACCACUACACCACCGUGGGGGUGGGAGUCAUUUAGUUAAUGUUUUAUGGAUAAAUUGGGUCUAAAAUGUACAUCAAGCAUUGCUAUUAGUGAAAGUUUGUCAUAAUUUGCAUUAUUCUUCAAAACUAAUUCAAUAACCAUUUCUUUUGUGGAAAAUAACAAAAGGUUUAUCUCAGAGACGCGAAAUGUACCCUGAAUUCUUGAAUGACCCAUAUAAUCCAUGCAAAUAUUAUACUUUAUUUUGCAUCUUGGAUGAAUUUCACAAAAAAACAAUUCCAAUAUUUACUGCACAGUAUGAACAUGUGUCCCAUUUUGCUCUGUUCAUGCACACAAGAUCAAUAAAUCAGUAGUUUCACACCUGAAGAAGGGAACUUGGAAUGAUGAGUCAUGUGAUGUAUGCAGUUAAUUUGUCAGCUGACUUGAAUUACAGCCUUAAAAGGCAGGCUUACGAGGCCUUAAGAGUUUUUGAUUUGGGAGUGAGGUUGGCUUAUGGUAGGCCUCAAGCUUUCUGGUAGUCACCAGUUUUCUCAUUAUGUGGGUUUGCAACAGGUAACUGGCUAUGAAUAUUUUGUAAUGUUGGCUUUCUUUCCUAUAACAUGGGUUUGUUUGGUCUUUUUAAUUCUCUCUUGUUCUGUAGGCUCUGGUUAUUGUUCAUUGCUUUACUUCACUUAAAAGAUGCAAGUGCACUUGGAGUGUGGCGUGAGAGGCUUGCACAGGGAUGGUACAGUGGUUCUGCCUGGACCCCUGUGGAUCAGUUUCAGAAAGCGGUGUUCUCUUCUGAUGGAGUCCAAGUUGCCACAGCCAUGAGAGAUGAAGGCGAACUAGAUUCUGGAGUUUUGCAAACUAGCAUAGCUUCUCAGGCAGGAGUAUCUUCAUCUGAAGCCCUGGAGCCUGAAGCCUCUUUUGGUCAAUACAGGCCUGUAUUCAAAUUUGUUCAAGGUUUUCAAAGUCCAAACAUUGUUCAGCAUGUGCAAACAUCUACUCAAGAUGUUCCAGCUCCUGAGACUGUGUCCCAUGGCCAAGCUUCUAGAGAUUCAAGCUAUUCAGUGAGUAUGACCUCUAACAUGGUCCCUUCACCCUUGCACCAGCAAAGACCAACUAUCUAUGGGCUUUCUCAAGGGCUUGCCCACCAGUAUGGACGUGGUCAAUCAAGCUCUGCUCCUGCCUAUGUUGUGACCCAGCAGGCUUCCGAGAGUGCAAUGUCUGAUGGCUCUUCCAGUACUUCAAGUUCCUACAGUGGUUCUCAAAGCCAAGGUUCAACUGGCCAUUGGUUGUCCCAGUGGCUUGCUAGCCGCUAUGGUAGUUUCCCAACCCAGCAAGGCACAACUCGGCUGAAUUCUGCCUCAGCUUUAUCCAUGAUCCAGCAAGCAACUGAACAUGCCCCAACAGGUAAUGGGUCCUCCAGCUUAUUGGGCUCCUACGUACCCAAUGCCAGGAGCUCAACUGGCUAUGGUCAGUUUCAAGGACUUUCCAGCCCCUAUGGUUUCCCAACGCAGCAAGGCACAAGUCAACUGAACUCUGCUCCUGCAUUAACACUAAACCAGCAGGCAACUGAAGGUGUCCUAAGGCGUUCUGGCUUCCACACUGGUUCUCAAAGCUUCCCUGCUGACUGGCUGUCCCAAAGACCUUUAAGCCAUUUUGUUGGUUCCCAGGCCCAACAAGGUGUAAACCAGCUUGGCUUGGUGCCCAGGUUAACUCAGACUCAGCAGAUUUCUGAGAGCGUGGCAUCCAAUGGUGGUUCUCAAAGCCAAGGCUCAACUUGCUAUAGGUUGUCCCAGUGGAUUAUCAGCUGCUAUGGUAACUUUGAGACAUGGCAGAGUAUAAACAAACAUGGUUCUGUGCCUGGAUUAACUCUGGAGCAGCAAACCUUGGUGAGUGCUGCAUCUAAUGGCUUAACUUCUAGCACUUCAGGCUUCUACAGUGGUUCCCAAAGCCAAGACUUGAUGGGCUAUGGGCUGUUUCCAGGACUUUCUAGCCCUCGUGGUUUCCAAACACAGCGAGGCACACAACAGCUGAGCUUUGCUCCUGCUUUAACUAUGAACCAGUAGGUUUCUGAAAAAAUCUAGUGUUCCCUAACUCCAAUGCUUCUCAAAGGCUUGUUGGCAGCUCUGUGUAUAGAAAUUGGUGGGCUUCAAUCAGCUGGUUUGUGCUGUGGUUGGGUCAGCAUUGCUUGUGACCUGCCAGGUUGCAGUUCAAAGAACCCCUGUCCUGUUCCACUUGAUGGUAAAGUGGAGUGUCUCAAGCAUUAUGAAAUGCUUGCUUUGCUAAAGUUUAUCUAUUAAAGCAUGCUUAAUGUAUUCCUUUUUGUGUCUCUUGUCUUCCUGUUUUUAAUGUGGUGGGUUUUAAAAAUGCCUUGGUUUUGGUAAGUUUUACAUGGUUGACUUUUUUAAAAAGGGGACUGGCAAUAGUCUAUGGAAUCAAU